UAUCAUGGCCGCCGAACCUGACCCUACGAAGCCUCUUCAGCCACUUGAUCUUAUCUUCAGCUGCAACAUCUGCCAUGACUCUAUUCGCGACAUACGCAGCCCUGUUCAGGUCGAACAAGAACUCGAAGGCGUCCGCAGACCAGUCGCGAAGCUUUGGAUGACCGAAUGCGCACACCUCAUAUGUGCAAAACAUCUUGAGGGCGGAGCCUUCGGUGCGCUUCUCAUGUCGUCAACAGCUCUUCCGUUCCAUCCCGCUGGACAAGCACCUCGUGCCGUCUGUCCUGUCUGUGGUCAAUACGACUCGGAGAUUCCUCAUCAUUUCUUCCAGUGUCCGCCCGUGGCUCUUGAUACCAAGGAUGGUGGCAUGGACGCGCUUCGAUUCCAGUUCCUUGGCCUUGUCACGUAUGGAAUUGCAAUCGCCACAAAGUUUCGUAGUCUUCAGACGGCGCACUCUCAUCUCAGAGACCAGACAGACAAACUGAAGCUGGAAAAGACAGAGGCUGAGACGGAGAUCCAGACGUUGACGGAGCGAAUCACGUUAGCUGAAGAAGCAGAGAGAAGGUACAAAGCCAAAGAGCCCGAGAUCAGGCACUAUCUCGAGCAAUUUACUCUUGUAAAACAAGAGCUGGACCGCCGAAAUGAAGAUUUGAGUGCGCUUGGUUACCCUCCGCCUCGGAUCGACUACACAUUCCCUCCUUCACGUCUGUUUGAGGAUGAUACAUUCAAUGGGCGAGCCACAACUUCGCACACUGGAGGUAGCGACCGCGUUGACCGGACCGAUCCAAGGACAGUGGAGGAUCAUAUCCCGAGCGUUUCGAGUACCACCCUUCGAGGCGACUCCUCAAGGACCUCUACCGAAGACAAUCUCCAGAGUACCGAAAACAAGCGACGAAAGCUUUCUGAGUAUCGCUACGAGCCACGCAAUCCAGAAAGCCCGUCCAAAGACCCAUCAGUGCAGAAGAGGCCUGUAACAAGACCCCCACCAGCAUCUUCAAUUACCCAAAACAUUUCUUCGAGAAGCACACAUUUCCAGCCACCACCUAUACUCAAGCAAAGCAACAAUCAGCGACCAAGCUUUGUCAAUCGAAGCAACGAUUCACGUACUGGUCCUCAGCUUACAAACACUCAGCGUGAGACUUGGGAGCCGUGGGAUCGUACUGGGAUCAACCACAAUACCGACACUAGGUCUGACGACCCGCCUUACGUGAGCGGUGCUCUACAGUCAGACUGCUCGAACUUUACGAACCAAUCGGCCCCUUUCAAACCACCCAAGCAGCAAAAGAGGAAGAUUCAGCCGGUUGAUAGCAUCGACAACAUUUCGAGAACUGACUUCAUCACAUCCGAGCGACUCCCAACGUACAUGUCGCCUCAUAAGCAGUUUGCCACUAGAGGAGAUAUCACAUAUGACUCACGCAGCACGUUUCACGAAUCUCAAGAGUCGUAUGACACUUAUUCAGGGUCCGAUCAAUACUCACUACCUAUUCGAGGAAAACGCACGGGAUACGGUCAACAUCAACCAUUCGAGCGACCUGCUCAAAGCGCUUUACCCAGGGCACAUCCAUCACCAUACCAUGGAGCACAAGUCCAACAAAAUGCUUUUCGACCGCCUUACAAUCGUCAACCGAACAGACCUCAUACUCCAUCACCACAACGAGUCAGUGUCCUUCAACAAUCAGAUGGUAUUUCGGUGACUAGUCCCUUCUUCCGAGCAGACCAGUGUCGUAACUCCAGACGCUAUCCUCCACUCCCUCCCGUGGUGUCGCGGACAAAUCAGCAAACCAUGCCAGAUUUUAGGAUGGCACCGCCUCGGAGACCUGUUCAAAGCAGCUCUCAAUCAAGAUCUCAAACCAUGAACGGUCUCUCUNUUGUCGAACAUUCGCAGCUCGGUCAUGAUCAUGUUUAUGACUUAGACACGGCGUUCAGUGGUCGUGUGCAGGUAUCGAUGGAUCGGGCUCUCAGAAAUUCCAAUGGUCUUUUUGUAAGACCGGACAUGCCGCAGAGCUCAAUGCCAACGGUUGGUCCGAGACGCGGGUCGACGCACNCCUCUCAAUAUUCCAAUCGACCUCAGCCAUUGCCUUCCAGGGUUCCGUCAUUGGCAUCGAGUAUUAACAUACCUCGUUCAAGGAGAGGACCGACGUAUGAUGGAGCACUUGCUAAUAUACGGGGCGUUAAGGGCGGCUCAACAUCUUCAAGGGGCAUGUCGAAUGAACUGUUUGGUUCUAGAGCGGGUAUGUUCUCGAGCUCUCGACGCAUUGUCAGACGU